AAGACCACGUGGUGUCGUCACAUUGGUCGUGAUCGUCAGUGUGUAGCGUGGUAGCUGUCGUCUUUCUGCGUCACUAUCUACUUCUAAAAAUCCAUAAAAACCGAAAUAAUCUCGAAAACCUCAAAGAAAAGGCGUAAAAUCUCGCGAAAAAUCUCAAGAAAUCUUCAUUGUCAGUCACGUGUGAGUCAAUAUGAACACAUCAGGAGCCGGAUUUCAGCAGCAGCCGCCGCACGGACAUGCUUCGCUCUAUGUCGGCGACCUUCAUCCCGAUGUGACGGAAGCGAUUCUCUACGAGAAAUUCAAUCCGGCGGGUCCCGUCUCGUCGAUUCGAGUCUGUCGCGACGUCGUCUCGCGGCAUUCACUUGGAUACGCGUAUGUUAACUUUCAGCAACCGGCUGAUGCUGAGAGAGCUCUGGACACUUUGAAUUAUGAACCCAUCAAGGGGCGUCCUAUGCGCAUUAUGUGGUCUCAAAGAGAUCCAUCACUUCGCCGGUCUGGUGUAGGAAAUAUCUUUAUCAAAAACUUGGAUAAGUCUAUUGAUAACAAAGCUUUGUAUGACACAUUCAGUGCGUUUGGCAACAUAUUGUCUUGUAAGGUUGUGACUGAUGAGACUGGUAACUCAAAGGGUUAUGGUUUCGUUCACUUUGAAACUCAAGACACAGCCGACAAUGCGAUAUCCAAAGUGAACGGAAUGUUGCUGAACGACAAAAAGGUCUACGUUAGUAAAUGGAUUUCCAGGAAGGAAAGGCUGGAAAAAUUAGGUCAAGCUGCUCAAAUGUUUACGAAUGUGUAUGUCAAGAACUUUGGUGAGGACUUCAAUGAGGAAGAGAUGAGGGAAAUGUUUGAAGUGUUUGGUAGGAUCACUAGCUUGAAAGUUAUGUUUGAUCCAGAUGGCAAAUCUCGUGGAUUUGGAUUUGUGGCUUUUGAGACACACGAGGGAGCGGCUAGGGCUGUAGAAGAGAUGAACGGUAAAGAAAUAAACGGCCGUGUCGUUUAUGCUGGUCGAGCUCAGAAGCGAGCCGAACGAAUGAACGAGCUCAGAAGUCGUUUCGAAAUGUUGAAGAUAGAGAGACUGAACCGCUUUCAGGGCGUUAAUUUAUACAUCAAAAAUCUGGAUGAUGAAAUUGACGAUGGAGCUCUGAGAAAAGAGUUUAGUCCAUACGGAACAAUUACAAGUGCAAAGGUGAUGACGGAUGAGCAAGGUCGUUCUCGCGGUUUUGGCUUCGUAUGCUUUUCAUCUCCUGAAGAGGCAACAAAAGCAGUGACUGAAAUGAACGGUCGAAUCAUUAUCAGCAAGCCUCUCUACGUUGCUCUUGCCCAACGUAAGGAGGAGAGGCGUGCUCAACUGACUCAACAAUACAUGCAACGAAUGCAAACGAUAAGGAUGCAGCAGGCUACCACCGGGCAGAUGGUUAGCGGAUUUGCUCCGCAACCGUUUUUCAACUUGCCUCUGCAGCAAAGACCGUUCUUUCAGACGUUUCCACCUCAAGCCGCUCGUCCUCGUGCUUGGAAUCAGCAGCAGCUGCGCACGACGUACGCACCAUUCAACAUGAUGGCUCAGCAACAUCGUGCAGCCGCAAACCGCAUGAUGCGUCCUCUGGGUCCGAGAGGUCCGUUCCAGCAACAACGUGGUGGCCACUUCCCUGGUCAACGAGGUUUUGCUCAGCAGCCAGCUCGACCGACAUACCGGUAUACACCUGGUGUUCGUAAUCCACCUGCUGUUCCUGCUGUGCCACCUUCUCAGCAGUCUGGUCCGAAUCCUCAGCAAGGAAUAGUGCAAGUGGGCAGCCAUCCUCCUCUGACGUCACAAGCUCUUUCUGAGGCGUCUCCACAGGAGCAGAAGCAGAUGCUCGGUGAGCGAUUGUAUCCGCUGAUUUGUGAGACACAUCCAGAGUUGGCUGGUAAGAUCACUGGCAUGUUGUUGGAGAUUGACAAUGCAGAGUUGCUGCACAUGCUGGAUGAGGCUGAUCUGUUGAAGAGGAAGGUUGACGAGGCGGUCAACGUGCUGAGAGCUCAUCAGAUCAAGGAGCAGACAAAAGUUCCAUCGUCUGGCGAUGCAUCUCAGUGAGACAGAGAAAUGACGCACGAGUCAUGACUGUUGUAAUUGACAGUGUGUCUUUCUGUUUGUUGUGUUGUGUGUGUGUGUGUGUGUGUGUGUGUGUGUGUGUGUGUGUGUGUGUGUGUGUGUGUUUUGUUGACACGUUCAGAGUGUAAUAAAAAUGAGAAACAGCAA